CCCUUGGCUGGCAAGGCUCUGUCUAGAGUUGCGAGUCGGACACGGAGGGUGAUAGUGGAAAGUGUCGACCAAGGGACAAACCGUUACCACGUAUAUCUGUGGAGCUGCUGUCCCGUUACCGGUCCGGGAGUGUCCUUGCAAGUUCACCUCAACUGAGGGGAGCCAGUAUUACGGAAGGAAGUCUUGCUGUAUAGACUUCACUUCUUGAGAUCCCCUGCAGCUUCCUACCAAGGGGAUUCAUGUUGUUGUUGUAUCUUCACUGGCCCAUGCUAAAACAGUCUGGCAAGUGGGAGAGUGGAACACAGCGGGUAGUACAGUUCUUAUCGCAUCAGAGAUCUAACAAAGGAGAGGAGGUGUUUGAAGGAUCUAUUGCAAGGUGACAUAACUUUUGAAGAUGGGUGGAGGUGAAAGAUGUAACAUUCCAUUUCAACAGCAUAGACAUAACCUCAGCAAACAGAGCAACCGGCAGAAAUUAUUAGAACGAAACAAUCAAAAGAUUAACACUUCUCACGGGAAAGACAGAGGACGUGGUCCAGCUGGGCUAGCAUGGCAGGCCAUGCAGAACAGAGCAAUCAACAAUAACCGCUCUUCAAACCAGAACUGGAAUUCUGGUUACCAUGGAUCCACAAACCUUUUGAAUAGCGAUGACAACCAGAAUUAUGCUGGUGCCAAAUUUAGUGAGCCACCAUCACCAAGUGUUCUUCCUAAACCUCCAAGCCACUGGGUACAUCUGACCUGUAGUCCUGCCGAUAAAGAAUUGAUGUCCUUCCAGCUCAAAACACUGCUGAAGGUCCAGGCCUAAGUAGCUUGAACCAGAUCAGUACAGCAUUUUUGGAUCAUUGCAGAGUAGCAAGAGAAGACUGUUAUUUACAUUUAUGGGGAUUUUUAUUUUAUUUUUUAAAUAUUGUAUCAUUAGGCACGUAAACCAAUCAGGUUUCUGCUGGGAUCUGCUCUGCUUAAACUUGCUCAGGAGAAAGACUGAACAAAUUACCUGGAGAAACUUCUGUGAAGACUCCUGCAUCAGAAGCACUUUUUAUUACAGCAUAUUUUGUGCAUAUCUCGCUGAACUUUUAAUCUGUUCAAACUACAUUCAUGCAAUACUUUGCACUUGACAUAGAACUGUGAGUUCAUUGAAAGUUGGUUUGGAAUGAGUAGAAUGGUCCAGUUAGUUUUCAGAUGAGCUUCACUGUUCGCAUAAUCUGUAGGGAUGACUCUCUACAUUCAUCACUCUCCUUUUAUAGUUUGUCUGUUAAUGCAGACGGUUUAGUAUUAGUCUAGCUUAAACAAAAGCAUAGUUUUAGUCAACUACAAGAUGCUUUUAUUUUCAAAGCAUGCAUCUACUGUGAUCCCUGAAAGGAUGUUUUAGUGGUAACUUGUUUCAGACUGAUCCUCAAGCUGGUUUACUGAGCAAGUAUGUUUAUAAAAAUAGUGCCAAUUGAAUUGUGUGUUUGCACUGCCAACCUCUGGAACAUCAAGCCAGUUUUAGCUUGUGGCCUCUGGUAAGCUGGGUCCUUUUUUGAAAAGCCUUCAAUUUGCGUUUAAUACAGUAUCCUCCAUAUGCAAGUACAUAAGUUUUAGCCACUUAAAAUUUAAAGAAGCACUGAGCCUAAAGUAGAAAAAUUAAUCUGUUACUGUCGAGAAAUCACUAGUUUUCCCUGGCCUCUAAAACAAUGGAGGAUAAUUCAGCCCAGCCUAACCUAGUAUGAGGCUGUUGAGAGCAAUAUAUUGCUUACCACAUCCUUCAAAUAGGAGCUUUUAGGCUUAGUUUAUUUUCACAUUACCCAUGUUGCAACUUUUGUAGACAAAUGGCAGACUCGGCUAAACUGCCUAAACAUAGGGGCAGACUUAUGAAACAGCCUGCCUCUUUGCCCAUAUCAGCUCACCACAGCCUUGCUUUUAUUUUGUUUACACGUGGUGUUUAAUAAGCAGUGCAAAGUAUGGUAAGAUUGUGUGAUGUUUACAUGUGUUUGGAAAAUAGCUGUAAAACUGUGGUUGUCCUGCUUAUUAAACACCAAGACAGAACACAGCCCAACCAUAGCAGUUUUAAGCUGUACUGGGUUGGUGUUUUUAUAUAAACAGCUAUUUAUAUUUGCAGUUUUUUUCCCAUCCCAGUAAUUUUUAUUUUUUCCCCCUUAUUCCUUGCUAUAAAAUGACCUCUUCAGUUGCUACUUUGCAAUGAUCUUCAAGCUAGCAUGGAACAACUCUAACAGUACAGUUCUGUAAAUACCUGUAAAAGUUGUAGCAUAUGUAAAUGAAAGCAGGAGCAUCUGCGGAGAUAAAGUAUUUUUUAGUACAAACUGCUGAAUGUAGUCAUGCGUAUGCCAUGACUUACAAAUAUUGAAUAUUUUGUUAAAACACAUAAGUGUGUGUGAGUGUAGCCUUUGCACAAAGUGCCAGUAUAAAUAUGUACACGUUCUCGUGUUAUCAAUUGUAACUGGUUCUGUAGUGGGAUUGGUGCAAAUGAAGCAUUUAUUUUAUACAUAAAUAUAAAAAAAAACUUAAAAAAAACAAAAAGCUGCUUAGAUCUGACAACACAUUGUUUUUGUAUGAAUAGAUGUAUUUUUUUAUGUUUUGCAGGCUGAGUAUUCCCACUGCUCAGUUGCAUUGUGAAACUGUAAAUAGAUUGUUUAUAGUAAAUGGACUAUAUAUGAAAUGUUGCUCAGAUUGCAUGAUCUAACCUGAAUUGCACUGUGGGCCUUCAUUCCAUGACUUGGAGGAGUAUUCCUAAUUCUCUCUAGGAGUAUUGACCUGUGAUCCUAUGAAUUUUUUUUAUAUAUAUAUAUAAAUCUGUGAAGGUGGCAUAAAGCAAGAAGCCCAACUUGACUGCUCUAGUACUUUGAACAACAACCUUACCUCCUUGACAACCUGGAUUCCUGUUUUUCAAAAACUGGACAUUCCUUCAAAGGACUGCUUGUCUAAAAUGAGUAUCCCAAUAUUUUUAGCAGGACUCCACCUGUAUGUAUGAGAAAUGCACUGUACUUACUGUUAGAGCUUUGUAUGGUCCACUUAUAUCCACAACUAUAAAUGUCCAUUUACAGAUCGUGUUGGUUACAAAGGAUUUUGUAACGUGCUUAUACAUGUGGAUUGUGAAUUGUAAUUUAUGGACUUUACUUAAGAAUGCCUUGAAUUGAAAAAUUGUGUACAAUACACAGAAUUCUGAAAGCUGACUCUGGAUGCAUUCACCAGGCUGUACUAACCCCCCCCCCCUCCUGAGAUUUGGCCAUUUUAAAAUCAAACUUCUUGAACCAUCUUUCCUCUGAUGUCUCCUGACACUUGUGAAUUGCCAUAAAUGUUCUAGUUCGCCCUCGCCAUAUUUUGGCUUUUUAUAAAAUGCAGCUUUGUGGCUACAUCCUUAGUUGGCUUCUGAAUCAAUCCUGUGGAAGCAGUAAUACAUUUUCAAUGCAUAAAUCAGAAAUGUAUAAUGGGAGAAAACAGUAACAUUUGUGCCUAGAGUUUAGCAUUCUUUUUCCACUUUUUUUUUUUAUUUUUUUACUUUUCCUGUAUUCCAAAACACCAUUCAUACCUCCUAAGUUUUUUUUUUUUUUUUGUGUUGGAAUAAAAAAAAAAACCAGGGACUUUUAAUAGAUAUUAAACAGUAAUAUUCAGUGACUGGCAGAAGAUGGAAUGUCAUGUUUGGGUGCUGAUAAACUGCAGUGCCGCUUUCAAAUUUGUUUUCAGUAGAACAGACUGGUUGCUAUGCAUAGCAAAAAUUUGUUAUAAAUUUGUCUUGUGCCACAUCCCUAACAACCAGCCUGUGUUAAGUUAUUCAGAGCUUUGGCACAAGUUGGAGUUGGGGAUAGCAGUCUUGCCAGUACUCAAACCAUGUAAUCUGUCUUCUUACUGCCCUAUUUAAAAUUUUGAAGUAAAACUUUAGUGUCUCUAAAGGCAUAGUGCUUUUAAAGACAAAACACUUCCAGGUUUUGUUUAAUCUUUUGUAUAUUUCUGAAAACAUGCUCUUUUAUCCCUAGAUAAGGUGUUCACUAUAAGGCUUUAAUACUGACACUUACAUUUUGGUAGCAGACGGCUGUCUGCGAAUCAAAACUGCUUAUGAGCAUUACUAUUGUCAUGGAAAAGUCCAGUUUUCAUCCUAAGGACAUGCAACAUAUGACUUUGUAAACUGAAAUGUUCUCAGAAUUUGUUUUAUUCCACUGUUUUGUUAUGGGCAAGCAUUUCUUGAAUACCGCUGUGCUGUAUUCACUUAUUUUGAAAUUGUUACAAUGUGACCUGUAUGUAAAAUUCAUCUAUUUAUACACUAAGAAUGUGUCAGCAGCACUUAUCAAUUUGUGAACUAUGGAGAAGAGAAAAAAAAUAAUGAAUUGGCAUGAUUAUAGUUUGACAUAUCCCCCCCAACUCCAUAGUCUUGUUUUCAAAUGUCCAAACUUAAUUUGGCUUAAAAUUUCAAGUACAAAAAAGAAUUCGGAGAAAAAAAACAAAUAAAUAAUUUUCUGCCCCCCUA